CUAUAUAAGCAGUUUCCACCUUCACAAUUCUUCUUCAAGUCUCUCUCUCUCACUAUCUCUCUCUCUUAUUGUACACAUAAUUAGCUGAUGGAAACGGAGCAAGUAAACAGAGUUAUGGGAGAUGAGGAGAAAGAAAGAGCUAGAGGGGUGGGAAAGAAGAGAAAAGUGAGAUAUACAGGCUUGUUCAUAAGGUUAGUGGCUUUGCUACUGUCGCUCGCUGCAGCAAUCAUUCUGGGACUUGAUAAACAGUCCAAGGUUGUUCCCAUAACCCUGGUCUCCACCCUGCCUCCGAUCAAGGUUCCUGUGACCGCCAAAUAUCAUUACCUCUCCGCCUUCACAUACUUUGUGGUGGCAAACGCGGUGGCAAGCUCAUAUGGAGCUGUCGUAUUGAUCCUAACAGUGGCGAAUAGGGGGAGCAAGGCCGGGAAACUGGCCAAGGCCAUCAUCAUACUUGACCUCAUCAUGGUGGCUGUCCUUGCUUCCGCUAAUGGUGCUGCUGCGGCUGUCGGAUAUCUUGGGCAUGAAGGCAAUAAACAUGUGAGAUGGAACAAAGUUUGCAAUAUUUUCGGAAGAUUUUGUAACCUAGUGAUAGUUGCUGUUGGAGUUUCGCUCCUCGGAUCGCUGUCAUAUAUCUUCCUGAUUGUGCUUGCUGUGCUUAGUGUCCAUAAGAAGCACUAGCAGCAUAAAGACCGUUUCAUUCUGUAAUGCUAUAUACUCUCUGUCUUAACCAUUAUUCAAGAAGAAAGAAAGAAUUUGCA